GUGUGUGUGUGUAGCAGUGUACAGUAAGUGUUAAUGCAGCAUUGUUUGUGUUAAUUCGGUGAACUCUCGUGCUCGCGCUCGCUCGGUCGCCGCUUUGGCCGCCGGCUCGCGUUGCCACAGUAACCAGUGAGUGAGUUGGAAUGCUGUACCGCAGUGAUCAGUGAGGGGGAUGUGGCGCGAUUCCGCUCGGCCUCCAUCCGACAUCGGCAUCAUGAUCGACAUGGAUUCUGACUCACCACUGCACACCGAACAGGGACAUGUUGCUCGCGCGAGCUCCUGAUCCCGAUAAGGACUGCGCGCACGCUUUUGCCCCUAAUUAGGAGCAGAAAGGGGACAAAGCAAAGUGCUGCAUCACAUUGUCCCCUGAACACUCACAGUUCCACACUUGAUGGACAUAAAAUGUGUUUUGUUACUCCUCUUUAACUGUUGGCCAAAGCAGACAUGAUCCAAGAUGACAUGAUCCUUCUACGAAGACCUCAAUUUAUUUCUGGCAAUUCGCAAUUACGCAUGGAUGACCGAUGAGCAGCAGGCUUUUUCUCAGGACUGAACCAGAAUGAAUUUACGGCAGCAGUUUAGCGACGGCCCAUGAAAAUGUUGUUAGCACCUUUUCCAUAAUAAGUAUUUAAUUUCCUGUUUGUCAUUACAUUUACGAACCCAGUAUAUAUCUGUGUUAAAUGUUAUGCAUAUAAACGUCUGAUUAUGCAUGUACCGCUGUGAAUAUAUGUGUUCUAAAAUUCACUAUUCAAUACAAUAUUAUAGUUAUAAUACUGGUAUUCAGGCCAUCAGUGUUUGAUUGAUUUAUAGAUUCUAUUGUUUACAGCAAACUAUUUUCCUGUCUACACCUGUCAACAAAGCAGUGUAAAUGCCGUUUUAAAAAUGAGGCCUUGCUGUAAACAGACAAUCUGACAACAAAAAUAUAACGAGACAAAACAAUUAGAAAAAGACAAUACAAAUUUUUUGCUGUACAGCUAGAUACUGCUAUUUUGUGAAUUCUUGAAAAUUCCAUUUGCAUUCCCCGCUGUCCGUUCUCAGGAUGAGUAGCAAGUCGGAUACAGAUGGUGUGGUCUACACGGUGGAGGAAUUAGAAUGUAAGAUAUGUUAUAGCCGCUAUGAUGCACGUGCUCGCAAGCCAAAGUUACUGGCGUGCCUGCACCGCGUUUGCGCUCGGUGCCUGAAGAAGAUGGCUGAAAUGGAAUCAUCACCUGGCACUGUCAGCUGUCCAUUCUGUCGCCAUCAGACGCACGUGCCCGAUGAGGAAAUCUGGCUUCUGCAAGAUGACAGUAACAUCAUGGCCAUCCUCUCUUACCAGGAGCAAAUCCGAAAAAGUGGCUCAAUGCCUGUAGGUGAGGUUCUGCUCACCCCAAACAGUCUAAGUGGAGGAGAAAUAGGAACAGGUGGAGAAGGAGGUGGAGAGCAGUCUCACAGUUCCUCAGACUGCCUGGUUAUCACUAUCAUGGAGGUUCCAGGGGAGUCAACAUCAGCCGACUCCAGUGGCAUGCUGAACAUGGUGCGACUGUAUCGGCCAGCAAGCUUGGACUCGCUGCCAUGCCAUGUGCCCGUACAGAAGUGGCGCUCAUGGACGUCGCGCUCUGUGCCACGUUUUGUCAUGGGCUUCCUCUGCCUGUUGUACUUCAGCUCGCUGCCCCUGGGCAUCUAUCUACUCAUGAUUCAGCAACUCACAUUGGGAGUGAUCCUCGUCAGCCUGGUCCCCUCCACCCUCGUCCUCUGUGUGUUCUACGGCUUCUGUCAGUGUCUGUGCCAUGAGAUCAUGGAGGCAAUUGCCACGUAGACACUGCAUAGGUUCUGUGUGAUUUGUCAGUCUUUAGACAGUGUGAACCGAGCCAAAAUCACAGAUCUGAUCAUUCUGCUCAUCGACUAUUGCACUGGAAUUUACCAGCAUUUAGAAUUGUACUUUAAACCAUCAGUUCAUACAAACGGCAAUACAUACAUCUAAAUGAGCAGUAACAUCCUGACACCCAAUGCAGGUUGUCUGUAUUGAGCUAUGGCUGCCUCAAAUUGCUGUUUUGAUUUGUUUGUUGGUUUGUUUGUUUGUUUGUUUAUUUGUUUCUAUUCUGUACCUGUUAGCUCAGGCUUAACAUGACUGUGAUCCUUUUACGUACCACUAAUGAGGAAAUGAGAUUCAUAUCUAACAUGGACUCCGUUCCGUAAUGUAAACUAUGUCCUUCCUACUUUUUGACAAUCCAUUUGUUGUGUAACUUAAAAAAUAUAGUCUCCAUAUACUUGUCAAAGUUCCUAGUUGCCUUUGUAAGGCAUGCAAAUUCCCGAGCUAUAUUUUAAUGUUGUAUAAAUAUAAAAUAAUGUGUUUGUCAUUGCUAUGAGAAUGAACAAAUGCCUUCAGAUCAUCCAAACUGUUAAUAGAUAUUCAAUAAAGACUGGAAAACACUAUAUAAUGGAUAUCAGUUAAUGGAAUUUUGACAAACUGAUGAUAUAGACACAGCAAGAAGAAUCUGCAAGUACAGUAAUCCCCCGCUUUACCUC